AUGCAGGAACGUGGAGGUGAACGUAGUCGAUCGGAUCGUUCUAGGUUCCGGCUUCCCCCUGUAAGGCAAGCGGUAGUCCCAAGUCCAAACGAACCCAUGCAGAUUAACCGAUCCAGAUUGCCCCCGGAGGAGCGACAGCGUCGUCAUGAGGGUGCUCACACCACCGUCAUCCCCGUCACAGGUGCUCACACCACCGUCAUCCCCGUCACAGGUGCUCACACCACCGCCAUCCCCGUCACAGGCGCUCACACCACCGUCAUCCCCGUCACAGGCGCUCACACCACCGUCAUCCCCGUCACAGGUGCUCACACCACCGUCAUCCCCGUCACAGGAGCUCACACCACCGUCAUCCCCGUCACAGGUGCUCACACCACCGCCAUCCCCGUCACAGGUGCUCACACCACCGUCAUCCCUGUCACAGGUGCUCACACCACCGUCAUCCCUGUCACAGGUGGUGCUCACACCACCGCCAUCCCCGUCACAGGUGCUCACACCACCGCCAUCCCAGUCACAGGUGCUCACACCACCGCCAUCCCCGUCACAGGUGCUCACACCAUCGCCAUCCCCGUCACAGGUGUGAGCACCGCCAUCCCCGUCACAGGUGCUCACACCACCGUCAUCCCUGUCACAGGUGCCCACACCACCGCCAUCCCAGUCACAGGUGCUCACACCACCGUCAUCCCCGUCACAGGUGCUCACACCACCGCCAUCCCCGUCACAGGUGCUCACACCACCGUCAUCCCCGUCACAGGUGCUCACACCACCGUCAUCCCCGUCACAGGUGCUCACACCACCGUCAUCCCCGUCACAGGUGCUCACACCACCGUCAUCCCCGUCACAGGUGCUCACACAACCGCCAUCCCAGUCACAGGUGCUCACACCACCGUCAUCCCUGUCACAGGUGCUCACACCACCGUCAUCCCUGUCACAGGUACUCACACCACCGCCAUCCCAGUCACAGGUGCUCACACCACCGUCAUCCCUGUCACAGGUGCUCACACCACCGCCAUCCCCGUCACAGGUGCUCACACCACCGUCAUCCCUGUCACAGGUACUCACACCACCGUCAUCCCUGUUACAGGUGCUCACACCACCGUCAUCCCUGUCACAGGUACUCACACCACCGCCAUCCCCGUCACAGGUGCUCACACCACCGUCAUCCCUGUUACAGGUGCUCACACCACCGUCAUCCCUGUCACAGGUGCUCACACCACCGCCAUCCCCGUCACAGGUGCUCACACCACCGUCAUCCCUGUUACAGGUGCUCACACCACCGUCAUCCCUGUCACAGGUGCUCACACCACCGUCAUCCCCGUCACAGCUGCUCACACCACUGUCAUCCCCGUCACAGGUGCUCACACCACCGUCAUCCCUGUUACAGGUGCUCACACCACCGUCAUCCCUGUCACAGGUGCUCACACUACUGUCACAGGUGCUCACACCACCGUCAUUCCCGUCACAGGUGCUCAGACUACCGUCAUCCCCGGCACAGGUGCUCAGACUACUGUCAUCCCCGGCACAGGUGCUCAGACUACCGUCAUCCUCGGUACAGGUGCUCAGACUACCAUCAUCCCCGUCACAGGUGCUCACACCACCGUCAUCCUCAUCACAGGUGCUCAGACUACUGUCACAGAUGCUCACGCCACCGCCAUCCCCGUCACAGGUGCUCACACCACCGCCAUCUCCGUCACAGGUGCUCACAUUACCGUCACAGAUGCUCACACCACCGCCAUCCCCGUCACAGAUGCUCACACCACCGCCAUCCCCGUCACAGAUGCUCACAUUACCGUUACAGAUGCUCACACCACCGUUAUCCCCGUCAAAGGUGCUCACACCACCGUCAUCCCCGUCACAGGUGCUCACACCACCGUCAUAGGCGCUCACACCACCGUCAUCCCCGUCACAGGCGCUCACACCACCGUCAUCCCCAUCACAGGCGCUCACACCACCGUCAUCCCCGUCACAGGUGCUCACACUACCAUCAUCCCCAUCACAGGCGCUCACACCACCGUCAUCCCCAUCACAGGCGCUCACACUACCGUCAUCCCCGUCACAGGUGCUCACACCACCGUCAUCCCCGUCACAGGCGCUCACACCACCGUCAUCCCCGUCACAGGCGCUCACACCACCGUCAUCCCCGUCACAGGCGCUCACACCACCGUCAUCCCCGUCACAGGUGCUCACACCACCGUCAUCCCUGUCACAGGUGCUCACACCACCGUCAUCCCUGUCACAGGUGCUCACACCACCGUCAUCCCCGUCACAGGCGCUCACACCACCGUCAUCCCCGUUACAGGUGCUCACACUGUCACAGGUGCUCAGACUACCGUCAUCCUCGGCACAGGUGCUCACACCACCGUGACCGUCAUCCCCGUCACAGGUGCUCAGACUACCAUCAUCCCCGUCAGAGGUGCUCAGACUACCAUCAUCCCCGUCACAGGUGCUCACACUACUGUCACAGCUGCUCACACCACCGUCACAGGUGCUCACCCCACCGCCAUCCCCGUCACAGAUGCUCACACCACCGUCAUCCCCGUCACAGGUGUUCACACUACUGUCACAUGUACACACAUUACUGUCACAGGUGUUCACACCACCGUCAUCCCCGUCACAGAUGCUCACGCCACCGCCAUCCCCGUCACAGGUGCUCACAUUACCGUCACAGAUGCUCACACCACCGCCAUCCCCGUCACAGAUGCUCACACCACCGCCAUCCCCGUCACAGAUGCUCACAUUACCGUUACAGAUGCUCACACCACCGUUAUCCCCGUCAAAGGUGCUCACACUACCGUCAUCCCCGUCACAGGUGCUCACACUACCGUCAUCCCCAUCACAGGCGCUCACACCACCGUCAUAGGCGCUCACACCACCGUCAUCCCCGUCACAGGCGCUCACGCCACCGCCAUCCCCGUCACAGGUGCUCACAUUACCGUCACAGAUGCUCACACCACCGCCAUCCCCGUCACAGAUGCUCACACCACCGCCAUCCCCGUCACAGAUGCUCACAUUACCGUUACAGAUGCUCACACCACCGUCAUCCCCGUCACAGGUGCUCACACUACCGUCAUCCCCGUCACAGGUGCUCACACUACCGUCAUCCCCAUCACAGGCGCUCACACCACCGUCAUAGGUGCAUCACUGUCACAGGCGCUCACACUACUGUCACAGGUGCUCACACCACCGUCAUCCCCAUCACAGGCGCUCACACCACCGUCAUCCCCGUCACAGGCGCUCACACUACUGUCACAUCACUGUCACAGGCGCUCACACCACCGUCAUCCCCGUCACAGGCGCUCUCACACCACCGUCAUCCCCGUCACAGGCGCUCACACCACCGUCAUCCCCGUCACAGGCGCUCACACCACCGUCAUCCCCGUCACAGGUGCUCACACCACCGUCAUCCCCGUCACAGGCGCUCACACCACCGUCAUCCCCGUCACAGGCGCUCACACCACCGUCAGGUGCUCACACUACUGUCACAGGUGCUCAGACUACCAUCAUCCCCGGCACAGGUGCUCACACUACUGUCACAUCACUGUCACAGGCACUCACACCACCGUCACAGGUGCUCAGACCACCGUCAUCCCCGUUACAGGUGCUCACACUACUGUCACAGGUGCUCAGACUACCGUUAUCCCCGGCACAGGUGCUCAGACUACUGUCAUCCCCGUCACAGGUGCUCACACCACCGUCAUCCCCGUCACAGGUGCUCACACCACCGUCAUCCCCGUCACAGGCGCUCACACUACCGUCAUCCCCGUCACAGGCGCUCACACUACUGUCAUCCCCGUCACAGGCGCUCACACCACCGUCAUCCCCAUCACAGGUGCUCACACCACCGUCAUCCCCAUCACAGGCGCUCACACCACCGUCAUCCCCAUCACAGGCGCUCACACCACCGUCAUCCUCGUCACAGGCGCUCACACCACCGUCAUCCCCGUCACAGGUACUCACACCACCGUCAUCCCCAUCACAGGCGCUCACACCACCGUCAUCCCCGUCACAGGUGCUCACACUACCAUCAUCCCCAUCACAGGCGCUCACACCACCGUCAUCCCCAUCACAGGUGCUCACACUACCGUCAUCCCCGUCACAGGUGCUCACACCACCGUCAUCCCCGUCACAGGUGCUCACACCACCGUCAUCCCCUUCACAGGUGCUCACACCACCGUCAUCCCCUUCACAGGUGCUCACACCACUGUCAUCCCCGUCACAGGCGCUCACACCACCGUCAUCCCCGUCACAGGCGCUCACACUACCAUCAUCCCCGUCACAGGCGCUCACACCACCGUCAUCCCCGUCACAGGCGCUCACACUACCAUCAUCCCCGUCACAGGCGCUCACACCACCGUCAUCCCCAUCACAGGUGCUCACACCACCGUCAUCCCCGUCACAGGCGCUCACACUACCGUCAUCCUCGUCACAGGCGCUCACACUACCAUCAUCCCCGUCACAGGCGCUCACACCACCGUCAUCCCUGUCACAGGCACUCACCCCUGUUCACCAAUAUCCUGA